AAUUGUUCUUAUCGAAAAAGGAAGAGGAGUUGUGAAGAGAAAAGCACACGAGGACAAAAGUGUCCACACCUCUAUGCAUUGAUCAGCUUCUUCUUCACUGAUCAAGUGCAGCAGCGGUAGCAAAACAUAUUCUUCCAAGUUUGGAGAUUCUAAUCAGUUCUCCUUUCGAGUUCAGUUUAGUUUUAGAGCCAGCUCCAAUCUGUGAUGCAUGCGGCAGAUGAUGGAGGGAACCAGUGGCUGUUCUGCUCCAGCUUGGUGGAGCUUGAGCGCCUCCAUGGCUCUUCCUCAACCUUCCAAUUCUGAGAUGUGGCAGCAAGACCAUGAUCAUGGCGGCCAAGAUUUGCCAGAGUCAUGGUGCCGACUUUUGCUAGGAGGGUUCAUAAUUGGGGAAGAAGACCAGAAGCAUGGCUUGAUCAAGAGGACUGAUCAGAGCAAUAACUGUGGAAUAGAACCAUUGAUACAUGAGCAGAUGGUUUCAUCUGUGGCAACACAUACAGCAGCUACAGGAUUUCACGAUCAACAUCAUCAAGCGCAGAGCCAUGGACCAUCCUCAUGGACACAAAAUAGUACUGUUCUCCAAGCAUCAUCUCCCAGAUCCUGUGUCACCACCAGUCUCAGCACCCACAGCAUGUUGGAUUUCUCAGCCAAGCGUAGACACAAAUUACCCGCAGACCAUAAUAACUCUUCUGAGGGAAACAGCACAGAAGCUGCUCCAACUUUGAAGAAAGCUAGGGUUCAAGGCUCUUCCUCUCCACAAUCUUGUCUCAAGGUGAGAAAGGAGAAGCUGGGGGAUAGAAUAACAGCACUGCACCAGUUAGUCUCGCCAUUUGGCAAGACUGACACAGCGUCGGUAUUGCAAGAAGCCAUUGGGUACAUCAGAUUCCUCCAGAGUCAAAUCGAGGCACUGAGCUCGCCGUACCUGCAGCAAUAUCAUCAUCAGCAUCAGCAUCAGCAGCCGCCUGGAAAUAAUGAGGAGGAGGAGGAAGAGGAAGAGGAAGAGGAAGAGGAAGAAGAAGAAAUUAAGAAAGACUUGAAGAGCCGAGGACUGUGCCUUGUGCCAGUGUCCUUCACCAUGCACGUAGGAGGCGACGAUGGUGCAGAUUUCUGGGCUCCUUCUCUUGCUGGAGGAUUCUGACCGUGGAGGAGAGCAAGGAACUUAAGUAUUUCACAUGCAUGCGGCCAUGCAGUGGGUAUAGGGUUGGAGGAAGGCAUAACAUCAUUAGCAGUCAUUCUGAUUGCAAGCUAUGCUCAAGGUUGAUUGCCAAUGAUGUUAUGGAAGGUUAAUCGAUUAACUACGUGCUAGAUGUACACAAUUCAUGGUAUGUUUGCUAGAUGCUAGCCAUUGGUGAUGUAUAUGAUGUAUUACUUGUGAUUAAUCACGAUCAGUUUUGUUAAUAAAAAAUGUGUAAGUCAUUAACCUAC